GCUUGACCAUUGACUGUCAUGGUCUCUUUACAUCGUACAAUUCGCAAUAUGCGUCGGGUAGGGCUGCGGGAAUGGUGGAGGCAGAUGCAGUAUAUUGGCGAUGCCAAGUCUGGAGUGCAUGUCGGCACUGACCAAUUUGGGAACCGCUAUUUCGAAAAUAUGAAUGGAGAGGAAGAGAUACCAGGUCGUCAGCGAUGGGUUGAUUUCGCCCAACACGAGUAUCAUGCUUCUCAAGUUCCUCCUGAGUGGCAUUCUUGGAUCCACCAUAUUCGAAAGGACCCUCCCACGAAUGACCCUGUCAUCAAGAACUUGACCCCUCCUUGGCAAACACCCUGGAUGGAAAAUUUGACUGGGACUCGUGGUGCGUUCAAGACUUAUAACACGGUUGCGCCAAAGAUCAACGCAUGGGAACCAAAAACUGUUUCGCGAGGAGCUUAAUAUUCAUUGCGCAGGAUUAGUACUACUGAG